GCAGCCCACGUUAGUGAUGGAGGAGAGAAGAUGGCGGAAGCGGAGUGAGUGACUUGAUGAUUUAAGGACCAUAAUACAGUUAUGGAUAGUGAACCAAACCCUGGGACAUCUUCUGUGUCAACCACAACCAGCAGUACCACCACCACCACCAUCACCACUUCCUCCUCUCGAAUGCAGCAGCCACAGAUCUCUGUCUACAGUGGUUCAGACCGACAUGCUGUACAGGUGAUUCAACAGGCAUUGCAUCGGCCCCCCAGCUCAGCUGCUCAGUAUCUUCAGCAAAUGUAUGCAGCCCAACAGCAGCACCUGAUGCUGCAUACUGCAGCUCUUCAGCAGCAGCAUUUAAGCAGCAGCCAGCUUCAGAGCCUUGCUGCCGUUCAGGCAAGUUUGUCCAGUGGAAGACCAUCUACAUCUCCUACAGGAAGUGUCACACAACAGUCAAGUAUGUCCCAAACAUCUAUCAACCUCUCCACUUCUCCUACACCUGCACAGUUAAUAAGCCGUUCCCAGGCUUCCAGUUCUACCAGCGGCAGUAUUACCCAACAGACUAUGUUACUAGGGAGUACUUCCCCUACCCUAACGGCAAGCCAAGCUCAAAUGUAUCUCCGAGCUCAAAUGCUGAUUUUCACACCUGCUACCACUGUGGCUGCUGUACAGUCUGACAUUCCUGUUGUCUCGUCGUCAUCGUCAUCUUCCUGUCAGUCUGCAGCUACUCAGGUUCAGAAUUUAACAUUACGCAGCCAGAAGUUGGGUGUAUUAUCUAGCUCACAGAAUGGUCCACCAAAAAGCACUAGUCAAACUCAGUCAUUGACAAUUUGUCAUAACAAAACAACAGUGACCAGUUCUAAAAUCAGCCAACGAGAUCCUUCUCCAGAAAGUAAUAAGAAAGGAGAAAGCCCAAGUCUGGAAUCACGAAGUACAGCUGUCACCCGGACAUCAAGUAUUCAUCAGUUAAUAGCACCAGCUUCAUAUUCUCCAAUUCAGCCUCAUUCUCUAAUAAAACAUCAGCAGAUUCCUCUUCAUUCACCACCUUCCAAAGUUUCCCAUCAUCAGCUGAUAUUACAACAGCAGCAACAGCAAAUUCAGCCAAUCACACUUCAGAAUCCAACUCAAGACCCACCCCCAUCCCAGCACUGUAUACCACUCCAGAACCAUGGCCUUCCUCCAGCUCCCAGUAAUGCCCAAUCACAGCAUUGUUCACCAAUUCAGAGUCAUCCGCCUCCUUUAACAGUGUCUCCUAACCAGUCACAAUCAGCACAGCAGUCUGUAGUGGUGUCUCCUCCACCACCUCAUUCACCAAGUCAAUCUCCUACUAUAAUUAUUCAUCCACAAGCACUUAUUCAGCCACAUCCUCUUGUGUCAUCAGCUCUCCAGCCAGGGCCAAAUUUGCAGCAGUCCACUACUAAUCAGGUGCAACCUACAGCACAGUUGAAUCUUCCAUCUCAUCUUCCACUUCCAACUUCCCCUGUUGUACACAUUGGCCCAGUUCAACAGUCUGCCUUGGUAUCCCCAGGCCAGCAAAUUGUCUCUCCAUCACACCAGCAAUAUUCAACCCUGCAGUCCUCUCCAAUCCCAAUUGCAAGUCCUCCACAGAUGUCGACAUCUCCUCCAGCUCAGAUUCCACCACUGCCCUUGCAGUCUAUGCAGUCUUUACAAGUGCAGCCUGAAAUUCUGUCCCAGGGCCAGGUUUUGGUGCAGAAUGCUUUGGUGUCAGAAGAGGAGCUUCCAGCCGCAGAAGCUUUGGUCCAGUUGCCAUUUCAGACUCUUCCUCCUCCACAGACUGUUGCGGUAAACCUACAAGUGCAACCACCAGCACCUGUUGAUCCACCAGUGGUUUAUCAAGUAGAAGAUGUAUGUGAAGAAGAAAUGCCGGAAGAGUCAGAUGAAUGUGUCCGGAUGGAUAGAACCCCACCACCACCCACUUUGUCUCCAGCAGCUAUAACUGUGGGGAGAGGAGAAGAUUUGACUUCUGAACAUCCUUUGUUAGAGCAUGUGGAAUUACCUGCUGUGGCAUCAGUCAGUGCUUCAGUAAUUAAAUCUCCAUCAGAUCCCUCACACGUUUCUGUUCCACCACCUCCGUUGUUACUUCCAGCUGCCACCACAAGGAGUAACAGUACAUCUAUGCACAGUAGCAUUCCCAGUAUAGAGAACAAGCCCCCACAGGCUAUUGUUAAACCACAGAUCCUAACCCAUGUUAUUGAAGGCUUUGUGAUUCAGGAGGGAUUGGAGCCAUUUCCUGUGAGUCGUUCGUCUUUGCUAAUAGAACAGCCUGUGAAAAAACGGCCUCUUUUGGAUAAUCAGGUGAUAAAUUCAGUGUGUGUUCAGCCAGAGCUACAGAAUAAUACAAAACAUGCCGAUAAUUCAUCUGACACAGAGAUGGAAGACAUGAUUGCUGAAGAGACAUUAGAAGAAAUGGACAGUGAGUUGCUCAAGUGUGAAUUCUGUGGGAAAAUGGGAUAUGCUAAUGAAUUUUUGCGGUCAAAACGAUUCUGCACGAUGUCGUGUGCCAAAAGGUACAAUGUUAGCUGUUCUAAAAAAUUUGCACUUAGUCGUUGGAAUCGUAAGCCUGAUAAUCAAAGUCUUGGGCAUCGUGGCCGUCGUCCAAGUGGCCCUGAUGGGGCAGCAAGAGAACAUCUCCUUAGGCAGCUUCCAAUUACUUAUCCAUCUGCAGAAGAAGACUUGGCUUCUCAUGAAGAUUCUGUGCCAUCUGCUAUGACAACUCGUCUGCGCAGGCAGAGUGAGCGGGAAAGAGAACGUGAGCUUCGGGAUGUGAGAAUUCGGAAAAUGCCUGAGAACACUGACUUGCUACCAGUUGCACAAACAGAGCCAUCUAUUUGGACAGUCGAUGAUGUCUGGGCCUUCAUUCAUUCUUUGCCUGGCUGCCAGGAUAUCGCAGAUGAAUUCAGAGCACAGGAGAUUGAUGGACAGGCCCUUCUCUUGCUAAAAGAAGACCAUCUCAUGAGUGCAAUGAAUAUCAAGCUAGGCCCAGCCCUGAAGAUCUGUGCACGCAUCAACUCUCUGAAGGAAUCUUAACAGAAACAUGAAGCCUUGAUAAAACAGCAGUUUUAUUCUUCUCAUACAAACUUGUAAGGUAAAGGCCUAAAUUGGUCUAGAGUAUGACACUUACUGUGGUGGAUAGCCGAGCACAUUGGGACCUCCACAUCAAAUACUGACAUUUCUUAUACAGGUAUAAUAAUUCAUCGUACAUUUUCAUAAUUAACCAUUGGUAAAGUUAAUUUUACAGGUUACAUGAAACACUGAAAGACUUGUUAUAGAGGGCCAUGAUAUUUUUCAAAGAAAUGUGUUAUACUAGAUAAUUUUUUUAAAGGUGAUGUUUAUCAUUAAUAUAAAGAAUCCUUUUAAAAGUAAUUUAAUGAUUUACAUUUGUCCUGUUUUGAUUUGGUUUUCUUAUACAUUUUUUUCUACCCUAUUAGUUUUCUAAAGGUUGUCAUGAGAGAUAUGUUGUGGCAUAAUUUAGUAGUCCAGUGACAGAAUCACAUGCAAUGAAAUCAGUGUACACUUUAAAAAACAUGUCUUUUAGACAUAUGCUUUAUCUGUAAAAAAGGAAUUGUGUUUUAGUGUGAAGAAAACUGAUCUGGAAGUGAAAACAGUUUCUAUUCCAAACUUGACCAAGAAUUUGGUUUGACUGAGGAAGUUUUCCUCUCAGUUUUUGUACAUUUAGAGCAGUGGUUUUCAAUAGAGGUCAGUUUUGAUCGCCAGGGGACAUCUGGCAAGUCUAGAGACAUUUUGGUUGUCACAGCUUGAGGGGGUGUUCAGGGGAGGGUUCUAGAUACUACUGGUAUCUAGGAGAUAGAAGCCAGAGAUGUUUCUAUAUAUUUUAUAAUGCACAGGACAGCACACCUCCACUACAAAGAAUUAUUGGUUCAAAAAUGUUAGUAGUGCCAAGGUUGAGAAACUCUGAUAUAGAAGGAGUGAUAAAUAUUGUUUUCACCCAAAGGGAUCUUUUUUAAAAAUGGAGCAUAGCAAACAUACAUGAUGGAAGUGUUAUUCAGAUAACAUUAAUAUUCUGUUGAAUUAUUUUUUUCUAGUUUAACCAUGCUAGAAAAAGAAAAAAAAUCUGCAAAUUGGCCUAUAAAAUAGGACUGACAUACAAGUAAUUUAAUUCUCAGAAAGUACUAAUUCAUUCUGAUUAUCUUUCAUACCUCUGUGCUCCUCUGCACUGAUGAAGGCAUAAUAUGAUUAUACCUAUGAACCAGUGUACAGCCUUUUCUGGAAAGAAAAUAGUUUUUAGUAGAUAUGUGAUUGCUCUUUGGAUUUUUUUCUAAUGUUGAACAUGCUGGGACUAGCUAGAAUGCACAUUCCUACUUCCUUUACCAAACCUUUGCAUGCUUCCUGCAAAGCACUUACCAAGUGAAUUCUCUUGAAUGAUCAGAUAUAAGUUUGUAUGUACAUGUUUGAGGAAAACAAUUUAAAGCAAAACCUUUUACUGAGCAGUGUUCUAUAGAAUUAUGACACUAAAACAAAAUUGUGGAAGCCCUGAAAGCUUUAUAGUCCUGGACAUCAAAAAUUUUAUUUCAGAUGAUGAAUGUUUUGUUUUAAUCUUGUCUUAUAUUACCACGAUUGAGAUAUUUUAGUAACUGAAGGAACAUACACAGAUAUUUGGCAGAAGUUGAGUAAGUAGGGGAAAAAGAGUCCGUGAGUUUCAGUCAUUUUCAUUGCUCUUUUCAGAAAGAUUGUGUUCAGCUAGUAGAAGACUAAAGAUGUCGCUGAAGACAUCACAGAUAUUAUAUUUAUCUUUUGGCUUUGUGUACAUUAGAGAAUGUUGAUUAUUUUUAUACAAAAAUACAGCGGGUAAUUUUUUUAAUCUUUAGAUGCCUCUUGUUUGAAUGUAUGCUUUGUGAAUUCUUUGUGUAGUAAUGUUUUUAAAAAAAAGAUGUUUACUGAUAGUUACAUGUAGGAUUAGAAUGUGUAAUAUAAGGCUCAUGUUCCAGACCUACAGUAGCUUGUAGUCUGUGUUACAUAUUUCUUUAUAUCACAUUUUUAAUCAUUGGAUUAAAGUUUCAAGGAAAGCUA